AUGAAUAAAAAUGGAACAGCUAAAAUGAAUGAUAAUCAAAUAAGAGCCGAAGGUAGAAGGUUAUUUAAACGCUUCUAUAACAUUCCUGAUGGUGUUAAUCCUAAAACUCGUAGAAGUUAUUUAAAUGAAGCAAUAGAUGCAUAUGAAGGAUUUGACAUUUCAUCAGAAAGUGAGAGGUUAGCAAGAAUGUUAAACGUUAAUAUUGAUUUUUAUUAUUGUGACCCUCAACCAGAAGACGUAGACAUUAACAAGGUAGACUUUCCAUUAGUGGAAUCAAUAAUGAUAGAUCCAGAAUUUGAAACAGUAAAUAUUUUAUUAACACAGAGUCCAUGUGGAAAACUUCACGCUGACAGAAUAACAGACGUUGAAGCACUCACAGGAUAUAAAGUUUGCCCCUUUUGCAAAGAAGAAGUAUAUUCUAUCCGUGAUGAUCCGGAAAGGAAAAACCAAAGAAGAUUUUUAAAACAUUGUGAGAAAUGUAAAGAAAAUAAUGGAAGAUUAAUUCAAGACGUUCAAUUGCAAAACACACAACAACCAUAUACACCACAUAUCACGAAACAGAAGAUAUAUCAAUGGCUAUUAGCACAUAAUUUGCAGGGAUAUUAUAAACCAACAAGAUAUUAUAUUACUUUUGACUUCGAAACAUUAGAGACUAAAGAAGAACUUCAACUUUCUGAAUGUGCAACUUUGAACGCUUACUUAAAACCAUUUAUGGUAUCAUCAACUGUCAAAAUAAAGCCGCAAAGCGGCGAGGUUGUAGACCGUGAUAAAACAUUUACGAGGAAUUUUUGCUUAACAUCAAGUGAUUCGUUCAUCUCUGAUUGGAUUGAAUUUUUAUUUUCAACCUGUUCAUUAGUUGCUAAAUCAAAUAUUGAACAAUAUGAAGAAUUAAUGAAGCCGCAAACGGACUCUUUGAGUCCUGAAGGUCUUUCAGACCAAACGGCGGGGACUUU